AUGUUUCGAUCAUCCCUCAUCUCGUGCAAAUCUAAAAACGCCAUCGACGACGUUGACGAUCCCACUUUUAUUCCUAAGACACAUAGUCGUCAACACUACCAGUUAAUCCAACAUUCCUCGCCACCUCGUCGUCCAUUUCCAUUCAUUUGCAGACCAAAAUGGCCCGAAAGAUUAUCCGAGGAGCGAAAAUGUCUUCUUGUUUCUACUGAAAUCGAGGGUCGAAAGUCCCCUCCAGUAUCUCCUAUUUCACCUUUCAAUACACCCUUCGAGUUCCAAAAGUUUUAUUCAGAGAAGAAGACUAGAAAGAGCUCAAACAAGAAGGUGAGUUCGAAGACUAAAAGGUUCGAAUUUUCAGAAUAUCGCGACAAAGAAGAAUUCACUACUGAAAAAUGCGGCAUCAGCAACGGUUUAAAGGCGGGGGCUCGGUCGAGAAGAGCUCAAAGGAAGAUUUCUAAGGAGGGUUUAAUGCCGUUACGAGAAGGGGUUAAAGAUAGCUUAGCAGUGGUGAAGCGUUCGAGUGAUCCAUAUACUGAUUUUAGAACAUCUAUGGUGGAAAUGAUUGUGGAGAAGCAGAUUUUUAGAGCAAAAGAACUUGAGAAUUUGUUGCAGUGUUUUCUAUCUUUGAAUUCAUAUCAUCAUCAUAGGGUCAUUAUUGAAGUUUUCUCUGAAAUUUGGGAAGCUUUGUUUGUGUCUUAUGUGUAA